CCCACUUAUCACAUUACAAUGACACUUACCACCACUACCGCCUAGGCACCUACCACUCCAACAACACCACUAACUCUCUUAUGGGACACCUUCGUUUUUUCAAUCAAUAAAGAACAAAGUAAAUCAGAAACUACUAGAAUUCCCCAUGCAACUUUACUGUUCUGCUUGUAUAUGCAAUGCCUAUAUAAGGACUGUCCCUGGUUUACCAUAAGUUGUCCUACAUUAAACUUGCAUACACAAAAGACAAAGUCGUUUAUGCGAAUUAUCUCUCUCGUUUGCAUUUAGGAAAUUUGAUGAAAAUGGUUAGUCCAAAGGUGAUUGCUUCUGCAUUUUUGGUUUUGUUCUUGGUGGAUAUCUGUUUUGCAGCCAGGGCUCCUAAGGCAUUGUAUGGUAAAGGUGGCGGAGGUGGAGGGGGAGGGGGGAAAGGAGGUGGUGGAGGUGGAGGCGGGUCAGAUGAAUAUGGGUCUGGUUCAGGAUACGGUUCUGGUUAUGGAUCUGGGGGAGGUUCAGGGUACGGUGGUUAUGGUGGGGAAGGGGAAGAAUAUGGUAGUGGUGGAGGUGGAGGAAGUGGAGGAGGGGGUGGUGGGGGAGGUGGAAGGGGCUCAGGCGGGGGUUACGGAUCUGGUUAUGGGUCUGGAAGUGGAUCAGGGUAUGGAUCAGGUGGCGGAAAAGGUAGGGGUGGAGGUCGCGGUGGGGGUCAAGGUGGAGGAGGUGGAGGCGGAGGUGGAUCUGGUUCUGGUUCGGGAUCAGGUAGUGGUUCAGGGUAUGGUAGUGGCAGCGGCUCAGGAUAUGGGUCAGGAGGCGGCAGGGGCAGUGGAGGAGGUGGUGGUGGAGGAGGAGGCGGUGGAGGUGGAGGGGGAGGAGGUGGUGGUUCAGGCUCUGGGUCAGGAUAUGGUAGUGGAUCAGGUUACGGAUCAGGUUAUGGUUCAGGUGGUGGUGAUGGAGGGGAUCAUGAACCAUGAAUAAUUUAAGCCAUGCAUAUAUAUCACAACUAUAUUUAAGAUGGCCAAUUGGCCAAUGUAUUUGUGCAAUAAGUUGGCUUCUAUCAAUCAUUCGUUCACAUAUGUAUUGGUAAAUGCUGCAUGGGUGUUUUACCCACGGUACGUACGCUACUAUCAGUUGAUGUAAUGAUUAUACCACAUUGUUUAAUAAUAACACACCCUCUUUUAAAUUGACUA